AUGCAUGCUUAUGCAGCAAAUGUCUACACAUCGGUUGUGGAAGAGCUAAUGAAAGGAAAGCAGCGCAAAUUUAUUGCGGUGGAGCAGGAAUUCUUUCGACUCUGGUGGGAUUCAGUGGCCACAGAUACGCAGAAGCAGCAGGUCCAUCAGUUACUUCAGGAGGGACAACUGGAAUUUGUCAUUGGAGGGCAAGUGAUGCAUGAUGAAGCUGUGACACUAGUUGAUGAUCAAAUUUUACAGUUGACGGAAGGCCAUGGAUUUUUGUAUGAAACUUUUGGGAUCAGGCCUCAGUUUUCUUGGCAUGUUGACCCUUUUGGAGCGUCAGCUACAACACCAACUCUUUUUGCUCUGGCUGGUUUUAAUGCUCAUCUUAUUUCUCGGAUUGACUAUGAUCUGAAGGCUGACAUGCAGAAAAACAAGAAACUUCAAUUUGUAUGGCAGGGCUCUCCUUCCUUAUCUGAAAGACAGGAGAUCUUCACCCAUGUUAUGGAUCAGUACAGCUACUGUACCCCAUCAGAAAUACCUUUUUCAAACAGGUCAGGGUUUUAUUGGAAUGGCAUUGCAACUUUCCCAGAUCCACCAAAAGAUGGUGUUUAUCCAAACAUGAGUCUCCCUGUUACAGAUACUAAUCUCCCUCUCUAUGCGAAAACUAUGGUGGCAAACAUUAAGGAGAGAGCAGCCUGGUUCCGAACAAGUGACGUUUUGUGGCCUUGGGGCUGUGACAAACAAUUCUUUAAUGCAUCUGUUCAGUACUCCAACAUGGACCUGCUGUUGGAUUAUAUUAACAAUCAUUCUGAUGAGCUUGGAGUGACUGUCCAGUAUGCCACUGUUGGUGAUUACUUCCAAGCAGUUUAUAGCAGAAAUCUAACAUGGGAAAUUCGAGACUCUCAAGACUUCCUUCCAUAUUCAACAGAGCCCUUUCAAGCAUGGACUGGGUUUUAUACUUCUCGGAGCACGUUAAAGGGAAUCGCAAGGAGGGCAAGUUCACUGCUUUAUGCUGGAGAGUCCUUUUUUGCACAGUAUGUCCAGAAACACCCAGCAAGUUCUAUUUGCAAAUGUAAAGCCUUAAAGCAACUUCAGAGCCUUAGAUGGGCAGUUUCAGAGGUCCAGCACCACGAUGGUAUAACAGGCACAGAGUCUCCCAAGGUGAAGGACAUGUACAUUAAUAACUUGAUGUAUGGAAUGUUCAAUGUAAAGAAGCUCAUGGCUUCCAUAAUCUUUGACAUGAACAAUGCGAAGAAGAAUGGAGAGGUCUAUUCUUCUGCUUACAGUGAAGACUCAGGAAUACCAGGUGAUACCCACGUGGACCAGUAUGUUGUUGUCUAUAAUCCACUGGCUUGGAACCUCACUACCUUUGUCACAGUUUCUGUCAGCAACAUGGCAAUGAGUGUAUAUGAUGAACUGGGACAUUCUGUACCAGCACAGGUUCAAAGCUCAGUGGAGUCCUAUUCUACCUAUGAUCUCUAUAUUCUAGUGGAAAUAAGUGGUCUGAGCUACAGAAAAUACUACAUUAAACCCUUGCCUGGUAAGAAGUCUGCAUCUAUUGGAAGAUCAGUCAAGUACAAGCGAAAAGAUGUAACUCGUGCAGAUCAGCAAAGUCCAAAGUUUCUUCCUGUGCUUAACAACUGCUACCAGAUCUUGUUUGACCUAAACACAAAUCUAAUGCACAGCAUUACAGAGAGGGAGACUAACCAGACUGUGCAGAUGACCCAGGAGUUCCUAGAGUACCAUGUGAAUGGAGAUGUGAAGAAAGGACCCAUUUCAGAUAACUACUUAUUUGCUUCAAAUUCUUCAGCUGUACCAGUAUCAAAAGCAGUGGGAUUGGAAGUGGUUUAUGGAUAUUUGAUGACCGAGAUACGGCAGUAUUUCUACAGCAAUGUUAGUGCACAGGAAUACACACAUGCAGUAUAUACGAGGAUGUUUGCAGUACCCGAAGGCUACGAUGGAAAGCUGCUUUGCCACAGGAUAGAGCAAGAAUACAGAGUUGGGCCUUUGGAAAUUAAUCAUGAAGCAAUUUUGAGAACAAGCACAAAUUUGAACACCAAACAGCUACUCUACACUGACAACAAUGGAUAUCAGAUUCAGAAAAGACCAUUCAAGGCAUAUGUGAAUAACACAGUGGCUCGGAAUUAUUAUCCCAUGGUCCAGACUGCCUAUAUUGAAGAUGAUACCACAAGGCUGAUGCUGCUUGCAGAAAGAGCUCAUGGUGUCUCUAGUCAAGGCAAUGGACAAGUGGAGGUGAUGCUUCACAGGAGACUAUGGAACAACCUUCAGUGGGACCUGAAUUGCAAUCUUACUUUGAAUGACUCCUCAGUGGUUCACCCUGUGAUUUGGCUUAUUUUGGGAACCAAGGCUGUCACCAAUAGUUUGUAUAGGACGAGUGGAAUGGCAUUAGAACACAGGCCAGUAGUAAUGUUUGGAGCAUUAUCAGGAUAUAAACCAAAGUUACGGAGACAACUUCAGCAGAAUUCAGUCCAUGAUUCACCUGUAACUGUCCCACCUAAUCUUCAUCUUCAGACUCUGAGCAUUCCAGGGUGGAGAUACAGCUCUAAUCAUACAGAGCAGGUCAACAACGUCCAUUUGGGUAAACAGAAGCAAGGUGAGGCAGACUUCAGUCGUGUCCUGCUGAGAAUUAGGCACUUGUAUGAAGUUGGAGAGGAUCCUGUGUUGUCUCAACCUGUGAUGCUAAAUCUGAAGUCUUUGCUAAGGGGAUUAGGAUCACUAAUGCUGGUAGAAGAACGAUCACUCACAGGCACCUGGGACGUAAACACUUUGAAGCGGUGGAAAUGGAAGACUGCACAGUAUCCAAGCAAAGAAUUCUCCAACAGUACAGAGACCUCAAAAAACUAUAUAGUAACUGUUCACCCAAAGGAAAUAAGAACUUUCUUUGUAUACUUUCAAGGUCAAUAAAGACUGAAAUUGCAUUUCAGGAGUGAGUACGCAAUAGCUUCUAAUUUGUGUUUCAAGACAUGAGUGAUAAUCUUGAAAAACAUUCUACUGUUAUUAAUGAAAGGAAUAGUAAUUUUGGAAUAAACUCUAAAUUUAAUUGAA